AUGAACCAAACUUCAACAAAAUCAUCAUCAUCCUCUAGUGGUACCCAAACUUCCAAUGAAAGUCCUGUCCAAAGACAACACCCUCCUUCAUACUCUUAUCAACAAUCACAACAACAUUCACAUUCACAACAACAAUCACAAAACCAAAAUCAACAACAACAAUCACAACAACAACAAUGCAUUAACAAUAAUAAUCAACAACAACAAUCUCAACCACAACAUAAACAACAUAAACCUCAUCAUCAACAACAACAACAACAACAACAACCACCACCACCACCACAACCAAACAGUGUAGUGACCAGCCCAGAUCCUACAUCGACAACAUCUCCUCCUAUUUUGGAUCCAGAACCAAAUUCGCCAAAUUUCCACAAUCAUCCAACUUGUAGUAAUACCAAUAUCAAUAUAUGUGGUGGAGACUGUCAAGACAUUGUAAAUGAAAUUCAAAAUGGUCAUGUUGGUCCAAGAGGUUCUGGAAAGAUUUUUAUUGGUGGAUUAUCAAAAUUAACUACUAGUGAAAUGUUAAGAAAAUAUUUUCAAAGUUUUGGUGAAAUUAAUGAAUCAUUGGUAAUUAAAAGCAAUGAAAAGAAUAUUAAAAGUAGAGGAUUUGGAUUUGUCACCUUUCGAGAACCUGAUAUUAUUGAAGAGAUUCUAGAAAAGGAACAUAUCAUUGAUGAUAAAAGAGUGGAAAUUAAAAGAGCAAUUCCAAAAGAAGAUAUCAUUGAAGAACCUCCAAAACAAAAAUUAUUUGUUGGUGGAUUACCAAAAAAUCUUCCUCUAUUAACGUUAAAAGAAUAUUUUUUACAAUUUGGAGAAGUAACAGAUUGUAAAAUGUUGUAUGAAAAAAAUGGAGUUGGAAAAGGAUAUGGAUUUAUUACAUUUAGGGAUGAAACACUCAUCCCUGUGGUAUUGAGUGAUCAAAAACAACAUAUCAUAGCUGGUAAAAGGGUGGAUGUUAGAUUGGCAGAGAAUAAAUCGAGAUCACCAAAACAAGAAUUUGGUCAUGCCUUGUCGAUUCAUCCAAUGGCAUUGCUGAAUCAACCAAUGCCUAUUCAAACCCAUCCAUCCCCACAACUCUCGGCUAGUAGCCCAUCCAUCUCAAAUUCAACCUCUCCAUCUAGUACAUACUCUCCCCCACCUGCUCUUCACCAUUCUUCGGAAUCAUCAUCAAUGAAUAAUUCAACCUCUUCAUCAAGCUCUACCAAUAAUAGCAAUCAUCAUAAUAAUAAUAAUCAUAAUAGUGAUCAGUCUACACAGACACCAAUAACAUCGUCAGUGCCACCACCUCAACAACAUCAAAUGUACCAACAAUACCCUCCCUAUGGAUCGUAUGGGUACAUGACUCCGGACGGCCAGGAAUACUAUUACUAUGGCCAACAUCCAUCACAUCCCCCAUCAGCUCGUAUUCUUCCGGCCGGAUCCUACUACCCCAACAACUAUGUAAUGUACCCUCCCUACAAUAUCUACCCAUCCCCUGUUCCACCCCCUCCCAAUGGAGGAUACUAUUAUCAAAUGGCCCACUCCCCUCCCCAACAACAACAACAUCAAUUGCAACCCCAACAACAGCAAUCGCAAUCGUCACAACAAUCCCAGCAAUCACAACAACAGUCUCAACAACAAUCACAACAGCAACAACAAUAUUCACAAAAGAAUAAUCAUGGCCAACCACAAAACCAAAACCAAACAUACUAUCAAUAUAAUUCUAGAUAUUAUAAUCAAAAUCCUAGGUAUUCACAUCAUCAACAACAACAACAACAGCAACAACCGGGUCAUCAUCAUCAUCAUCAUCAACAACAACAACAACAACAUAAUAAUAAUAAUAAUAAUAGUAAUAUUAAUAAUAACAAUAAUAAUAAUAAUGUUAUUAAUAAUACUAAUAAUAAUAAUAGAACCCAAACUCAAGAAUCAACAACAAGCAAUAUCAAGAAAAAGACUCCACAAGGUGAAUCACCAAGUUUGACAUCAACAUCAACCAGUACCACCCAACAACAACAAAACAACCCAAGUAAACAAAGUCCAAAUAAUAAUAAUAAUAAUAAUAAUAACAAUAACAAUAAUGAUGUUAAUGUAGAAAUCAAACCACCCAACAAUUAG